AUGAAUGGAAUCUCAAAAACCAUUGUUUUUCUUGCAGUUUUAGUUUCAGAUUUGUUCCCCACCUCAACUUGGGCUGAGACAACAAAACUGCUUAACUGUUCUACUUCAUCUGCUAUAAAUUGUGAUUCUUUCAUUUAUCUUCGUAAUGUUGACGAACCCAUCAACUCUGUUGCAUCAAGGCUCAAAAUUUCUGCCCGCUCAAUCAAACCCUCUAAUGCGUCUGACUAUUUGGCCAAAAUUCCUUGCUCUUGUUCCUCUACCUUGGGUAAUGGAGAAUUCUCUUACAGAGUGAAUUAUAGAGUGCAACCCUCUGAUGUGGGUUUUACGUUAGGAAGUAUUUCUGACAAGUAUUUUAGCCAGACUGCAUGGACAGAUAAUCAGUCCAGAAUAUUAAACGUGGGUGAUAAAGUAGAGUUAGCUUUAGGUUGUGGAUGUCCUAUUCCUGGAUGGCACUCCAUUAUUUCUUAUCCAGUUGCCAAUGGUGGGGCAAUCCUACUGCUACUGUUGUUGAUAAAUAUUUUCUACUAUGGCUGCCGCAAAAGAGGUUCCUCUUUAACUCAGCCUUCACCAUGUAUAGACAAUGGAGAAGAUGAGUAUUGGGGAGAAGAGUCAAAUCAAGAACAACAGUUGGAGAAAGGUGUAUCUGCCUUGACAAAUCUUACAUUUGAAGAAAUAAUUCAAAUGAAAGGGUAUUGUGAGCAGUGUUACAAAACUGGGGAGGGAAGCUUUGGGAAAGUAUACAAAGGCAAUCUGAAAGAUAAAGAUGUGGCUAUAAAGAAAAUAGGACAUACAGGCAAAGACAGCAAAAGAUUAGUUGAGAAUGAAGUGAGACUUCUCCAUGGGAAGGAGCACAAAAAUCUAGCCAAUCUGAUCGCAUGGUGUAUUGAAAAAAAUACAUUUUAUUUGGUAUAUGAAUAUGUUAAUGGGUGCACUCUAGAUGAAUACUUGAGAGAAAAUAGUUCAAUCCUCUCUCUGAGUUGGAGGCAUUGCCUGGGGGUAAUAGCAAGUAUAGCUGAGGGAAUAGAGUUCUUACAUCUCAACAAAAUCAUACUUGUUGAUAUAAAGCCUCAGAACCUGAUGUUAGACAUUGGGGCUAAUGAGGCAAAAAUUAUAGAUUUUGGGUUUUCAAGGCAUGUGGAUUGGCACGGAACCCACAAAUCAACCGAGAGAAUAACAGGUAGCAGAGGAUAUUGGGCUCCAGAGUACUGCUUAAGCCACAAGCUUUCCUACAAGCAUGAUGUCUAUAGCUUUGGUAUUGUGGUGUUGGAGGUGAUAACAGGACAGAGACAUGUUGAUGAUGCACGUGGCUCCAGCCAGUUCCAUAUCACAGACUACUUAUGCUACAUGAUUGCCAACAAUCGUUUUGAAGAAGCUUUGGAUGAACGGCUCAAAGGGGAUUUCUGGAGUGAAUCUGAUUUAAUGAAUGCUUUGGCUGUGGCCAAGUUAGCUCUCCAAUGUGCUGAGAAGGACAAGGAGGAGAGGCCUGAUAUGGACUAUGUGAUGAGAGAACUUUGUUUAAUAAGAGAAGAAAGUAUUGGAAAAGAGUCUUCUGAGAUGAUCCAUUAUUCUAAGGCCAUGUAUUGGAAUUAG